UGCAUAGAAUAGUAUGGCAACUGGAUUGUAUCUUAUGUAUGGUGAAAUCUCAGAAUUGUUUUCCCCAUACUUAUUAUGACACAGUAAUGUUUUUUAAGGUAUUGUGAAAACUUAAACGUCCUAAUAUGACUAAGGCCAAGUCCUGGCUUAAUCUAAACCCUUUACAGGAAAUGGCCCAUUAUUAUUUUAUAUACUCAACCCAGCAUUGGGUCAAAAAGGGAAAAUUUUUAUAUUUGACACAACAUGGGUUAAAUUACAACCCAGCGGGCUUUUUGAACCAGUGCUGGGUUAAAAAUACCCCAGCAUUUUUUAGAGUGUAGUUAUGAUAUUACAUUUUAUUUACCUAAAUAUGGCACAAACUAAUGUUGCUCAAGCGUCCUGCGUUCAUCUGAUUAAUGUUGACCUUGCACUUCAUCCUCAUUCCCCAAUGUAAGCGAAAGUUUCAUGAAACCCUCCCCCGGGCCAUUGCACAGCUGGUAUUCACUAAAACAUCAAAACAAAACCAAUAAGCGGAUGAAAUCUGUCCGGUGCAGAAGAAAGGAAGACACUCCCUGUCGCAAAUGCCAAAGGCUCCAUUUUGCACACAGCCCUUUUCGACUUUCUUUUCGAGAAAGCCACGCUACAACAAUAACAAUUCACGAGGAAGCAGUAUUUUAGGACAAAGAAAGAGAAAAGGACUUUUACUGAAGUAGGUCACUAUGGUGAUUGUACACGGCUAAACUGGUGUGUGAAAGCUAAUGAGUAUCAUAAUGAAGAAAGUUUCUUUCCACCUGUUUCUUUGUAUUUUUCUGUAUACCUUGACAUACUGUGGAGGUUGUCAUACAGGCACACAGGCAGAAUGUGAGAAAGCUCCUUUUGUGCCCGGCUACAACCUGGCAGGGGAAGGUUUUGAUGUGGUCCAAAUGCGCCGUAAAGGUGCAUUUUUAAUCAAUGUCAAGUCGCACUUGACAGACAAUGGCACUUGCACAGUCUGCAAGAACCGUUUUCAGGGAGGGCAGAUACAGAAACUGCCCACGGUCGUGCUGGACUGGCGUCCUUUUAGCCGCUGUAGUAAACAGCUUUCUAGUGCACUUCAUCAUUCUGUUGACUCCCUGAUGAAGAGCUCCACUUCACUCGUCAAUAACAACUGGGAAAUGGACCUCAGUCUGGAUGAUGUGGGAAAGGCCAUUUUAGGAGGGAGCCGGUCGGAUAUUGCUCAAUUUGCCAAGUCUCAGAAUUCAAUGGAUAAAGCAACAUUUGCUCUUCAUGAGAUCAGCUGCACAUAUUACAGUUACAGACUUACAGACCACCCAGAACUCAGCACUGAAUUCUCAAAACAUCUGCAGCGACUUCCGACACAAUAUGACGACAUAGCAAAACCCCUGUACAUAAGGACUAUAGAUACAUAUGGCACUCAUUACAUACGUCAAGUCCAUCUCGGAGGGCGAGUGAGGCGGGUCACAGCUUUUCGGACUUGUCUCGCGACACUAAAGGGCUUCUCUGAAACUGAAAUCAAAAACUGUCUGAACAUUGAGUUGAAGAUGGCAUUGGGAUUCCUUCCAGCUAACGUUUCAUUUUCCAACAAAUGCUCUCAAAUCUUUAAAGAUGAUAUAAGUAUGGGCUUCUACCGAGGGUUUAUGACACACAAGAUCGAAGUGCUGGGAGGUGAGAAAUACUUUCCAGACCUUGUUUUACACCAAAGUCCAGCUGAUGCCUACUUAAACUGGAUGAUGAGCUUGCAUGACAACCCUGAUGUUAUAUCAUAUGCAAUUUUUCCUCUUCAUCAUCUGGUGACUGAUCCUGAGGUCAGUGCUAAUCUGAGAAGAGCAGUAACAGAGUACAUUGAAGAAAACAUGCUUUCUGAAGUUCAAGAAGAGAAACAAGAAUGUUCAAAAGCACCAAAUUUGGAUCAUAACUGCUGCCCUCUGCGGGCCGGCCGUGGUACUUUAGCAGUGUCUGUGCAGAGAGCUGCGGGCUUAAAGGCAGACCUCUUCACACGCACUGAUGGUUUCGUGAAAAUUUGGUACAAUUUUAUGUACGAGGAGACUGAUGUGAUAAUGGACGAUAAUAACCCAGAAUGGAAUGUCACCUAUGAUUUUGGAUCGAUUGAGUUUGGUCAUGAACUCAUAUUUGAGGUUUGGGACAUUGAUGUAUUUUAUAAUGACAUUGUGGGGAAGUGUGUGGUCACUCCUGAACGUGGGAUUCACUCACAUAGCUGUAAAUUAAGACGAGGGAUUCUUUAUUUUACCUACAGCGCUUCUUGUGAUACUCACCUGACAGGCCCCAGGUGUAGCAGAUACUCACCACAAACAUGACACUCUGAUACUGUAUAGGGGAGAGUGGGGACGGUUGCAACACUUUAUACAAUUCUUUUACUCUCUCAGAGACAGUUUGUACUGGAAAGUGUAUCCAUCUGCAUCCUGUACCCUUUUCCCACCAGGGCUGGCUCCAUGUUGGCAGACCUGCUCAGUAAGCGAUACCAGAUAUUAUAAAAUAAAUCCAUGAUGCAUUAUUGUAUUAACAUGAACAAACACAAAAGCUAAUAGUUAUUUAAUAAUAAUAUGCAUUAAACCAUUUCAAUGAAACUGACAAAUUUUGUGAGCUUUUCUUGAAGUAGGCGUUCAAAUGUUGUGUAUUGCGAUUUGCUGUGGGUGUUCCUUGUAUUGGGUUUCCUACAGGAUGCAAACAGACCAUUUUUUAGUACAUUAAACUAACAUACCCGGGUGAUUCUCACGAAACCAUUGAAACACCACGGCACUAAUGAUUUUAGCUAUAAAAUGUGUAAUAUAGUAAUAUUAAAAAGCAUCAGAAUAAACACAAUACUGUGUUCUACCUUGCACAAUGUGUGAUUUCAACAUAAGAAUUUAUAAUUUGUCAAUUUUAUCUCAUUUUCUGCUGAAAUUCUCAUUACCGCAAUGUGUCCGGCUGUGUUUGAACAUG